AUGCUUGUUGAUAAAUGUCUUGUUAAGUCAUAUGAACCAACUGAUGAUGAGAUUAAAACCUACGAUAAGUGGAUCAAGGUUGAUGAGAUGGCAAGAUGCUACAUACUUUCCUCUAUGGCAAAUGUGUUGCAGUAUGAACAUCAGUCCAUGACUACUGCUUAUGAUAUGCCUGAAUCUCUCAAAGAGAUGUUUGGUGAGCAAAAUUGUGCUGCAAAACAAACGGUCAUGAAAGCUCUUUUGACCACAAAAAUGGUUAAAGGAACUUCGGUAAGGGAAUAUGUUCUUAAAAUAAUGAGUUUGUUGAAUGAGUUGGAAAUUCUUAGUGCGGUUAUUGAUAAGGAAUCUCAGAUUAAGAUGGUCCUGCAGACUCUGCCGGAUAGUUUUCAGCAAUUUUGCUUGAAUUAUAAUAUGAAUAAGAUGGACUUAUCUCUUACGAAACUAUUAAAUGAGCUGCAAACGACAGAAUCUAUCAUUAAGCAACAAGCUCCUCCUGCGGCGUUCAUGGCUGACAGGCCAUCAGCUUCGACUUCUAAGCCGAAAGGUGAUAAGAAAAAGAAAAAGAAGCCUCGUAAGGUUUCAGGUGCUUAUGAUGGUGUGGAUAUGCCUAAGGGCAAAUACUCUCAUUGCAAGCAACCUGGUCAUUAUAAGAAAUAG